AAACACUAAAACUCAACAAUGGCACAUCGAGAUGAAUACCGAUUCCAUGACCAAUAUGUCGAACCAAUCAUAGACCCAAGCACCAUUGAUAUUCGAGAUCUCUUGAACGAUGAAUGGGAGUUCAUGACAAAGCCAGAUUUUAAUCCUGUACCAUUGGCAUUGGAGCUCAUGGACGGGAGUUCACUCGGAAAGGACUAUGAUAUGUUCAUGUUAAUCCUUCGAAAUAUCGAACGAGCACUGAAGGAUGUCGUCAAUGGAUCAUAUCAGGGGUUCAAUGCAUCCAUUGGAACAUAUGGUGGAGUAAUUGACAGUAUUUCAGACUCCCAAAGCCGUGUUAAAGAAUUGCGCAUGGAUCUCAAAAAUUCUAAAGAAUCCCUUCGGCUACGACAUGCAGAUUUGGUGCAAUUGUACAACAAGAGUCAGCAGUAUAAAGACAUGAUUGAAAUGUUGGAUGAAAUUGAAGAAUUGAAGCAGGCACCCGCUAAACUGGAGACUUUUAUCCGCGAAAAGCAUUUCUUAGCGGCGGUCAAGUUACUAGUUUCAUGUUCAAAGACAAUAUCUAAACCAGAAAUGACUUCGGUGGGGGCUUUAUCAGAUCUAACACGAUUCUUUAACGAGCAAUAUGAGUCGUUGGCAGAGAUUCUCAUGGAAGAACUUCAUAAUCACCUUUACUUGAAGAGCCCUUACUGCGACAGUCGAUGGGCCGCAUAUACCACUGGGCAGGAAGCAUUACCAUCAACGGAAAGGGGAAUAUUCGAUGGAAUCAGCAAAGACCUCUCCAAAUUGGGCAACGAUCGACUCAAACGCAAUGCUGGAUUCCAGCCUAAAUCCAAACCCGGCAAUGAAGUGCGGUUGGACGACGAAAUGAUCACAGAGGAUCUUGAAAUUAACCCAGAAGUUGAUUCUACAUAUUAUCUGGAAAUUUUGGUUGAGUCUCUGGGACUACUUGGAAAGUUCAAGGAUGCCAUAGUGACUAUUCUCCAGCGUGUCCCACUCGAGACAUACCAAAUGAUUGAUAAAACCAUCAGUGAGGUGAACGAGAGACGGAACGCAUCAGCUCUUAAGACAAUCAAUACUAGAGACUCCGAUUAUGACGAUGAAGAUGAUGAAAAAUAUUUAGCAACGAAGAAUAAUGAGAACGAAAUUUUGAGAGAUCUGUUCUGGACCCUCUUUUCAAAACUGGAAUGUGUCACGCAAGGCCACAGCACAGUACUUGUCGCAGGGCAACGCUUGUUGAGACGUCUUGAAGGGGACCAUCUAAAGCAACAGCAGAUGGGGCUCGUUGGUGUCAAGAUGUACACAUUUGCUGAUGUCUGGACACCAAUGCUGACAGAGAUUCGCUGCUUACUUUCAGAUUAUCUGAUGGACACCAAUCAAUCUAUGGAUGGUCCUGAUAGUUUCUUGGGCGGCCCUGGACAGGAUACUGGUUCAGAUUUAUUGCGUUCUCGUAAGAACAACCGUGAUAAGAACAGGCAGCUAUUUAAGUUUACAGAUUCUAUUGGAUCAUCGACGCUAUGUGGACUUUACAACGAUGAAGUCGGCACGAAAACGUUUGAUCCACUUCGUAAAGCGCUACCUCAAGUAUAUGCGCAAAUGACGGAACAGAGCCCCUCAGUCGCGUUCUCUGGUCUGAUCCAAGACAAAUAUGCUCAAGUGCUUGCAGGCACACCUGCCAACAACCCAUUGCCUGCUUUGAAUCCUGAUGGGACACCUAUUUCAUCCCAGGGCAGUAAUGGGGCUACAGGAGGCUCAAGUAGUAGCUCAAGUGGGAGCAGGAGUAAGAAGGCAGCGGCAGCGACGGCCAACUCUGUGCCACUCAUUCCUGGAUACCUCAAGGGUGCUCAGAAUGGAGGAGCGGGCCUCACUGGCUGGAAGAUCCCUCCUCCAAAUCCGAGUGCGACUAAUAAUGCAUUACAAACUUCUGCCAGCGGGCAUCAAUCGUUAGUACGAUCAGACCCAGCGCACAUCAGCGUAGUCAUCCGACCAGCCGUUGCGUUUGUGGAGCGACUACGUGAGAGUGUUCCUCAAAGUCGAGAGGAUGGCACAGUGGUGGUUGGCGCAUUCUUUGAUCAUGGAGUGAUUAAUGUGCCCAUGGGUCGAUUCUGAGGUAUUUUUUAUCUUGAAGUCGCCUUGACGCAUAGUAAUAUACAUAAAAUACAUAAUAUAAUUUAACCGCAGCUAUGCCUAUAAAAAUGUAUAACAAGUAAAAUGAGCUGGUCAUAUACC